AUGUCUAGUGGAUACGUCAAGGCCAAACAUCAAGCAGCCGGUCACGAUGGGAACUUUACGGACGAGCAGCAGACGCUUUUCUUCAAACCGACCAAUUCUGUCGAGGUUGAAUUCUAUCAAAGUUUAAGCCAAAAAAGUUCGAGGGCAGAAGACAAUGAUGAUAUGGACCUGAACUCUUGGACACCCACUUUUCUUGGAACUUUGCAACUGGGAGUCUCUGAGAACGUUACUGCGAAUGCUAGCAUACAAAACACUGAUUUUGAACUGCCCAAAAUUGAUGCAACAAUAAGCAAUGAAUCACCCAUACCGAUGAAUCACAACAAACCCAUAAUCGUCCUAGAAAAUUUACUGCAAAGAUUCAAAUCGCCUAAUAUUAUGGACGUGAAACUAGGUAAAGUGCUAUAUGAUGAUUCCAGCUCGGAAGAUAAAAAAUUGAGGCUACAGAAAGUAAGCACUGACACUACAUCUGGUACACUGGGUUUCCGUAUUUGUGGUCUGAAAAUCCAGCAAAACAAGCGAUCGAUUGAGCUAGACACCGAUUAUUGUGAAUUAGACAAUGAAGGCUACGUUGGUGUCAACAAAUUUUAUGGAAGAUCAUUAACUGCAGACAAUGUCAAAGAAGCGUUCGAAUUAUACUUCGCACACGAUGCUCUAAACCAGCCGCGAAAAGACACACUUUGGGACGUUUUCCACAAACGACUGAUGCUACUUUACAACACACUGCUUGAUGAGGACGUACGACUUAUCUCUUCAAGUUUACUUUUCAUCUACGAAGGCGAUCCAUCAAGUUGGGACGAACUUGACGACCACCACGAGCUGUUGACUAAUGAUUACGAGCCUGAAAUGAGUGAUAGCGAGGAUGAGGGAAAAAACGGCAAUGUUUUAAGUUCUCUCUCGCUCAUUGAUUUUGCACAUUCCAAACAUGUUCCAGGGCAGGGAUACGACGAGAACGUUAUAAUGGGAGUAGAGUCCCUGCUAGGUAUAUUUUCGGCCACAUCGUCGUAG